GGAAUAUGAAUAUUUUACCUGUGUGCAUGAAUAUCCAUAAUAUGUAUGCCUGGUCCCAAUAGUAGGCAGAAGAUGGCUUCAGAAUUCCUGAACUUGGAGAAAUGGAUAGUUGUGAAGACCCCUUAUGCGGUGACUUAUGAUGAUGUGAAUGUGAACUUCACUCAAGAAGAGUGGGCUAUGCUGGAUCCUUUACAGAAGAGUCUCUACAAAGAUGUGAUGCUGGAGACCUAUAAGAACCUCACUGCUAUAGGCUGCAACUGGAAAGACCAUAAUAUUGAAGAACUUUUUCAAAGUUUCAGAAGACAUGGAAGGCAUGAAAAAAGUCGUACUGGAGUGAAACCCUCUGAAUAUUCUCACUGUGGUAAAGCCUUUGCAUGUCACAGUUAUCAUCAAAGGCAUGAAAGAAUUCAUACUGGAGAGAAACCCUCUGAAGAUAUUCAGUAUAGUGAAGACUUUGUACAUCACAGACAUCUCCAAAUACAUAAAAGAACACAUUUUAGAGAGAAACCCUACAAAUAUGACCAAUGUGAUAAAGCCUAUUCACAACAUAGUCAUCUCGGAGGACAUAAAAGAACACACACUGGAGAGAAACCUUAUGAAUGUGAUCAAUGUGGUAAAGCCUUUGCACAACACAGUCAUCUCCAAAUGCAUAUAAUAAUACAUACUGGAGAGAAACCUUACAAAUGUAAUCAAUGUGGUAAAGCCCUAGCAUCUCAUAGUUAUCUCCAAGUACAUAAAAGAAUGCAUACUGGAGAGAAACCCUAUGGAUGUGAUCAGUGUGGUAAAGCCUUUGGAUAUCAUGGUUAUCUUCAAAUACAUAAAAGAACACACACUAGAGAGAAAGCCUAUGGAUGUGAUCAGUGUGGUAAAGCCUUUGGAUAUCAUGGUCAUCUUCAAAUACGUAAAAGAACACACACUGGAGAGAAAGCCUAUGAAUGUAAUCAGUGUGGUAAAGCCUUUGCAUAUUCUGGUCGUCUUAAAAUACAGAAAAGAAUACAUACUGGAGAAAAGCCCUAUGAAUGUAAUCAGUGUGGUAAAGCCUUUGUAUAUCAUGGUCGUCUUCAAAUACAUCAAAGAACGCAUACUGGAGAAAAGCCCUAUGAAUGUAAUCAUUAUGGUAAAGCAUUUGCACAACACAGUAAUCUCCAAGUGCAUAAAAGAACACAUACUGGAGAGAAACCCUGUGAAUGUAAUCCGUGUGGUAAAGCCUUUGCAUAUCACAGUUAUCUCCAAGUACAUAAAAGAAUGCAUACUGGAGAGAAACCCUAUGGGUGUGAUCAAUGUGGUAAAGCCUUUGGAUAUCAUGGUCAUUUUCAAAUACAUCAAAGAACACAUACAGGAGAGAAAUCCUGUGGAUGUAGUCAGUGUGGUAAAGCAUUUGCAUGUCAGAACGAUCUUAAAAGACAUGAAAGAAUUCAUACUGGAGAGAAACCCUACAAAUGUAAUGAAUGUGGUAAAGCCUUUGCGUGUAACACUAGUCUCCGAAUACACAAAGCAACCCAUACUGGAGUGAAACCUUACGAAUAUAAGCAAUGUUGUAAAUCCUUUGCCUCUCAUGGUCAACUUCAAAAACAUGAAAGAAUUCAUACUGGAGAGAAACCUUACAAAUGUGGUCAAUGUGGUAAAGCCUUUUCACAAUCAAGACACCUCCUGAAAAGCCCUCAGGGAGAACUUUCCCUCGGGAUGGAGACCCUCCAACUUCAAUGACCAGGCCGAGACACCACAGGAUGCAAUCAGCAAGAGGAUUUGAUUUAUUGUCGGGAUACACAGGUACCUGUGGGCGCUCCAGUCACUCGGGGGACUGGCGCGCCCCACGGAACCAAGGAUGGGCUCUUUUAUAGGAUUUUGGGGAGCAGAAGCAAGCAUAGAAGCAGAUGCAUGGUUACAGGGAUAUAAUUGGUGGAUUCUAAUGUUUCCUAGCUACCUUCCUGAAACAUAACGGCUGACUCGGCCCCCCACCAGGGUGUGGGACCUCUCCCGGGGCUUUUCUUAUUGUCAGGUGCUCAACUGCAGUCGUCCUGUUGCCAGGCCUUCAACCAAACAUCUCCUGCUUGGCAGCUGCUGUGUACUCAGUGUUCCAACCUUUCCCUGAACCAGUUAUCUUAAGUACAGCCUUGCAAAAUGGCGUUACUGCUGCUAAGCUGGGGUCUUUCACUCCAACUACAUAAAAGAACACAUACUAAAGAGUAGCCCUGUGAAUGUAACCAAUGUGGUAAUAAAGCCUUUACUGUGAUCAUCAAAGGUGUGGUGGUUUAAAUAUACUUGGCCCAUAGCAAGUAUGGCCUUUCUGGAAUAGAUGUGGCCUUUGAGGAAGUAUGUCACUGGGAGGGCGGGCACUUUGAGAUCCUAUGCUUAAGCUCUACCCAGGGCAGAAGAGUCUUCUGGCUGCCUUCUGAUCAAGAUGGAGAACUCUCCUCCAGCACCAUGUCUGCUUGGACACUGUCAUUCUUCCCACCUUGAUAAUAGACUGAACAUCUGAAUCUGUAUACCAUCCUCAAUUAAAUGUCCUUUCUAAGA